UCAAUGCCUCUCAAUCCAGUUGGUGGCAGUAACGCACCGGAAACGUUGGUUGCCAACCGCCAUGUAAAAAUAAAAGAAGAAAACUGAACGGCGCAUCGGAUGUACCAUUUCUAUCGUCCCAUUACUACUUUACAGUACAUUGUGCCGCGUUGAAAUGAUUAUUCCGGUCCGAUGCUUCACCUGUGGGAAAAUCGUUGGAAAUAAAUGGGAGGCGUACCUUGGCCUCCUUCAAGCUGAAUAUACUGAAGGUGAUGCCCUUGAUGCCCUUGGUCUGAAGAGGUAUUGCUGUCGGAGGAUGCUACUGGCCCAUGUAGACCUGAUUGAAAAGUUGCUGAACUAUGCACCCCUGGAGAAAUGAAUACAUCAAUCUAACAAAUUUUAUGGACAUGUUCUGAAGCCGUUUACACCCUGGUGGAAUUAAAUCAUUGAGACUA